AGAAGAAAGCAGUAAGAUGAUGUUCUUCAAACAAUGCCAUUUUAUAUGGAUCUUGAUCAUCUGCAAAUCUGUUUCAGGAGAUGAUGUGACAAAAGCGGUGAAUAGUGAAACUACGUUCACUCAAGUGACUGGAUCGGUUGCGCCUAGCACCACCAGCAUUAUAUGGAAACACAGAGACAAUGCUGGAACUGUUGUGAAGGUCAUUGAAUGGGAUCUGGAGGAUGGCAGCACUGACAUUCCCAACGCCAAAUUCAAAUCCCACGCAACUCUGGACAAAAACACUGGAAAUCUUCAUUUAAAAUAUUUGCAGCUCGAACACAGCGGAACUUAUACAGUGGAAAUCAACAGCAAAGAGCAAAGAAAACAAUUCACUCUGACUGUUAUGGAGCCUGUCUGCAAACCUCAUAUUGUAAAAAAAUGCUUAUUGGAAGAUGUCAGUGGAUGUCUCUUGAGCUGUGUGGGUGAAGCCUCUUCUGAAAGUACAGUCAUUUGGAAAUACUGGGAUGGAGAGAAGCUUCACGAACAGUAUCCUAAUAUGAGGACAAUAACAGUGACCAACAGCGGUAACCCAGACAGCCACUACACCUGCACACUGAAAAAUGCAGUGAGUGUGGAGACCAGUGAUCCACUGUAUUUAAAAUAUCUGUUUCAUGAUUCGAACACAGCAAUUAUCAUUGCAGUCAUCAUUACUUUGAUUAUUUUGAUCGCUAUGGUUACUGUCAUCCUUUUCCUCAAAAUACAUCAAAUAAUUGGUUAUUGUGCUGCUUGCUGUGGGAAACGGAAGAUUUCAAGGAUGCAAAGCAACAAGAGGAUCUUCUGGACCCAUUUGCCUGGUCAUCGGCUCUAAAUCCCAGCUUCACUAAAGCAACUGGAGCUCCUAACCA